AUGGAUUCAAGAGCAAGCACCAGUGUUAAUGGUAAAAAGAAUUAUGAAGUAACUGUAGAAGUGGAGGUCAAUGAAGCGGAGGAACAAAUUCUCAAUGCUCUUCAGGAGACAGAGAAAGUUGUUGAGAAUGACAAGAACCUCAAGGUAAUGGAAGCCAUAAAGCUCUAUCCUAAGGAGAUUUUUUGGUCUUGUGUCUUUUGUAUUGGCGUGGUGAUGUGUGGCUAUGAUGCAGCGAUUAUUACUUCUUUUUAUGCUCUCCCAGCAUUCCAAAAGGCUUUUGGUGAACAGGAUGCUAACGGGAAGUACUUCAUUCUGGCUCCAUGGCAGACUGCGCUCGGAAUGGGUUCGCCUAUUGGUCAAGUUAUCGGUACUUUGGGCAUCACCUAUCCCUUGGAGUUGUUUGGUAGGAAAUGGACAUACAUGGUUAUUUGUUUGGCUAGCGUGGGGCUAGUGUUCAUGCAAUUUUUUGCGCCAUCAUUAGCUGUUUUAACAGCCGGUGAGAUCUUGGCCGGAAUUCUUUGGGGUUCUAUGGUUUUGAUAGGACCUACUUACGCUUCGGAGGUGUCUCAUAUACGACUUCGGGGAAUCUUAACCGCAAUGAAUAAUAUGGCAUUCGUGAUAGGUCAAUUUAUUGCCAGCGGUAUGUCUCAAGCUUUUGCAACCAAUAGCACUAAAUGGGCUUACAAAAUUCAGUUUGCUGUGCAGUGGGUCUGGCCGUUGUUAAUUAUAGCCAUGCUUCCGUUUGCUCCAGAAUCGCCAUAUUGGCUUGUUCGGAAAUCGAGAUUUGAGGAUGCAAGAAGAUCAUUGAAAAGUCUCUCGUCCGCAAAUACUUCACCAAUUGAAAUAGAAGAUCGGCUAAAUGUGAUAGCUCAGACCGAUAGCCUCGAGCGACAAUUGGAAAAAACUACUUCCUAUUUUGAUCUCUUCAGAGGAACCAAUUUUAUAAGGACAGAAAUCUGUUGCAUGGUGUAUUCCAUUCAAGUAUUCUGUGGGGUUCCUUUCGCAACUGGCUAUUCUACCUAUUUUUUUGAAUUAGCGGGAAUUUCAACAAGCGUUGCAUUCGACUUGACGUUGGGCUCGUCAGCUAUAGGCUUCGUUGGUACUUGCUGUUGUUGGGUUCUCUUAUCAUAUUGUGGAAGAAGACGGUUUUAUAAUUUUGGCUUGGCCAUUACGACCGGUUUGUUGUUCGUGAUUGGCUUAUUAGACUUACCCUCAAAUUAUACUGCCAAGCCUGGUUUAGCAUGGACACAAGCUACAAUGAUGUUGAUUUGGUCAUUUAUUUACCAAGUCUCCACGGGGCCGUUGUGCUUUGUCUACAUCGGAGAAAUUCCAUCUACAAUUUUAAAGAGUAAAACAAUUGCAUUCUCAACAGCAAUGCAAGCGUGUUGGUACAUUGUGGCUACUAUAGCUUUGCCCUAUAUGUUGAUUCCAAAUGAAGGUAACAUGAGAGGAAAAACUUCAUUUGUAUUUGGGGGCAUGUCUUUGCUUUGUAUGGUAUGGUCUUAUUUUAGGCUUCCCGAGACUGAAGGCAGAAGCUUUGAAGAGUUGGAUAUUUUGUUUCACAAAAAGGUCUCCCCUAGAAAAUUCAAAAAGACCCUUUUGUUCGAAAGCGAGAAAGUUGAGGAAGACGAUACUCAAGUGUAA